CACAAAUAGAGGAGGAGUAUUGCAUGCAGUUCAGCACAAUAAGAACUUUCUGGAGAUGGUCUUUGUGUUACUUCAUGGUUGCUGGUUUAUGGAGCAUAUUGCCACUAAAAUUUAUCCCAUUUAUGCAUGGAACAAAGCACAAAGGAGCUGCAACCACUCAUGGCAAGUCCAGUCGCUGAAAAAACAGAGCAAAAGAAACAGCAGUCCCUAGAGAAACAUGAGCAGCAACGAUCCGAGACACCACCUUUACAUCAGAAGGUUAAAGCAAAACUAAUCCAAUGGGUCUCUUACAUUGCUGGAGACAUGGCUGUGUUUGGUGAAUGGAUGAAAGGGAAGUUUAUCUUGCUGCAGAUUUUGGACUGGGUGCUGCGUGGGGCAGCUCAGGUGAUGUUUGUGAAUAACCCUCUCAGUGGACUGAUCAUCUUUGCUGGACUGAUCCUCCAGAACAGAUGGUGGGCACUAAAUGGUUUUGUUGGCACAUUGUUUGCUACAAUCUCUGCCCUCAUCCUCUGUCAAAACAGAGGUGCAAUCGCAGCUGGCCUAUAUGGGUAUAAUGGAAUCUUGGUUGGUCUUCUGAUGGCAGUUUUCUCCAAUGCAGGAGAUUGGUAUUGGUGGCUUCUUCUUCCCAACAUAUUUAUGUCAAUGGCAUGCCCCAUAGUGUCCAGUGCCUUGGCUUCCAUCAAUAGUCGGUGGGACCUGCCUGUUUUCACUCUGCCGUUUAACAUCCUAGUGUGCCUACAUAUGGUGGCUACAGGCCAUUACAAUCACCACUUCCCACAGGUUCUCAUCCAGCCACGCACAUCCUUGCCUAAUAUCACCUGGUCUGAGCUGGAUUACGUUAAGCUCUUCCGCUCUAUCCCUGUGGGUAUUGGACAGGUAUAUGGAUGUGAUUAUCCUUGGACUGGAGGGAUAUUCAUGAUUGCCUUGUUUAUCUCCUCACCCUUAACAUGUGUACAUGCAACUAUUGGAUCAGCAGUUGGUAUGGUCUCCGGGCUUGCUCUUGCUGCACCAUUUGAGAACAUUUACUUUGGUCUGUGGGGUUAUAACUGCGUUUUGGCUUGCAUUGCAAUUGGUGGGAUGUUCUAUGCUCUCUCAUGGCAGACACACCUUCUGGCUGUGGCCUGCGCAUUCUUCUGUGCAUACCUUGGCUCGGCAAUUGGAAAUGUGAUGUCUAAUUUCGGACUCCCGGCAUGCACCUGGCCCUUCUGUCUUUCUGCCCUCACUUUUCUUUUGAUCACUAUGGAGACAAAAAACAUUCAUAAACUGCCUCUUGCUAAAGUGACCUACCCUGAAAAAAACCUGAUUUACUUCAGGAAGAUGAAGGAAGAGGAGAGGGCUCAAGCGUUAAAGAAACAACAAGAGGAGAUGCAACUGAUAGACACAAAAUCACAGCUGAUAACAGAAGAGAAAAUAAAGUUUACAAUGGAGAAGAAAGAGCAGGAGCAUCAGGAGUAUUGCACUGUAGUGGUACAGCAAGAGAAAGACACCAGCAAAAACAUACUAGAGAUAGAGGAAACUCAGUGGCAAUUAAACUAAAUGUAACUUGUCUAAAUUUCUCAAAACUAAAACUUCCCUUAUUUAGUUCCCUAUUGCUUCAUAAACAAAAUUAAUGUAAAUUAAAAGGGUCAAGGCAUAAGGUAUAAAAUGUUCCAUGAUAUUUUGAUAUUUAAGAGGUCAUUGUACAAUAAAAACAUACAGUAAGUUUCAGAACUCAAAACAUCCUCCUCACUGCAAAAAGAGCAUUUGUUGAAAAAAUAUAUAUAUAUAAACAUUCCUCUGAAUACACUCUUAUAUUCAGAACUCACAACUUCACUAACAAGACUUGAUUUAGUAAAAAAUCUCAAAUUAAAUGUUCAAAAUAUACAGACAGAAAUGUGGCCAUGUUCCACUCUUAAGUGGGAGAACUUCCAGAAGAUUUAGCCUAUCUUGGAAAGUGCCCAAAUUUUUUUGUUUCCAGUCAUGACAUUGUAACUUGUAAUAAUGUUUCCCCGUCUGUCACUCACUCGACGUCGUGUCGAAUGAAGCAACACUAGGUGAUAGUGCUGCACGAUAAAUCAUAUCGCAAUCGCAAUAUCAGCCUGUGUGAUUAUAUGACGGCAAAAUGCUGCGAUUAUAUUAAAUAAAUAAGUGCAUGUGUGGACGUGACAGCCCAUUCUCUCUGAGAGCUGUUUGCCCAUUUUCUACACCACUAAUAAAGAUGACCAGUCACUAUCAGUUUAGGGAGUGGCACGUGUGGUCAUGACGUGUGAGUUUCCGGUGUGCAGAAAUCAGGUGAAAAUGGACGCCAAGCAGACCGACACUGAACUGGUGGCCAGAAAAAAUAACAGAUCAUAGCUUGGCGAUAUAUCUUUAUUUCAUCCUUGAUUAAAGUUCAUAUAAUAUGGAAGCAUACCAUGUAAAUAAACACAAACUCCAAAACUGUCAUUCUCGGUGCGGUAAGAGCCGCUUCAACCAGUCGCGGAAGACACAAUCUGAGUGGGAGUUGAGACCGGGAGAGAUAUAAAGUUCCGCCGGGUGAUGCGCACUCUAACACUGAGACCCUCGUCUCUCACCCCAGCUGUCUGCAGCUUGCAACGUGGAGCAUCAUUGAUGAGAUCAUCAUGAUAAGAUCAAUCUUAUGUGAAAAAUAACACCAAAAUAACAACAAUAAAAUGUGUGUGUGUGUGUGUGUGUGUGUGUAUAUAUGUAU